UUUAACUGUUUAAAUUAUUAUUUUUUGGAUAAGAUAACGUAUACAUGCUGAGUUGUACUCUUGUCGGAGCUUUGCCAUGCACAGCGGCGCCGCCACCUCUGAAAAUGGAGAUAAACUCCAUGUCCGAAGCUCUGCAACUCCAUGCCCAAACACUCAAAUCAGGCAACAACCAAAGGAACCACCAACAUGACCUUACCAAGAUCUUCACCUUCUCAGCUCUCUCCUCCAAUGGAGACCUCACUUAUGCCCGUCUCAUUCUCGACUCUGUCCCAUCCCCGAACUCAUUCCACUACAACACCAUGAUCCGUGCCUACUCCCGGAGCCCCGACCCAAUCAAAGCUCUCCAUUUCUUUCUCUCCGUGAUUCGCAACAGCCCGACUAUACCUGACAAGUUCACGUACCCGUUUCUCCUCAAGUCGUGUGCCCGACUGGGACUGACCCACCAAGGGAAACAGCUUCAUGGGUUGAUAGUAAAGUCGGGUUUCGGGUCGGAUAGGUAUGUGCAGCAUUCUUUGAUUCAUAUGUAUUGUGCUUGUCAGAAGUUAGGUCAUGCUUUUAAGGUGUUUGAUAAAAUGCGUGAGAGAGAUGUGGUAUCUUGGACCGCAAUGAUUGAUGGGCUUGUUGACAAUGAUAGACCCCUGGAAGCAAUGAAAUUGUUUGAGAAGAUGAUAGAGGACAAGGUUGAAGUUAAUGAGGUUACUGUUGUGUCGGUUUUGAGAGCUUGCGCGGAGGCAGGGGCGUUGAGCGUUGGAAGGAGAGUUCAUGAGGUUGUGAAGGAGCAGAGGAUUGAAUUGAAGGCUCAUGUUAGCACUGCACUUAUUGAUAUGUACGCAAAAUGUGGUUGUAUAGAGAGUGCAAUGCGAGUUUUUGAUGAGAUAAAUGUUGAUAAGGAUGUUUAUUCUUGGACUGCUAUGAUAGCUGGGCUUGCAAGCCAUGGGAAUUGUCAAGAAGCUCUUGACUUGUUUAAUCAGAUGCAAGAAUUAAACAUAAACCCAGAUGAGAGAACAAUGACUGCAGUUUUAUCGGCUUAUCGAAAUGCUGGUUGGGUGAGGGAAGGUUACACCUGUUUAAAGACUAUGCACAAGAAGUAUGGAGUUUGGCCUACAAUUCAGCAUUAUGGAUGUGUCGUGGAUCUGCUUGCUAGAGUUGGACACUUAAGUGAUGCUGAAGAGCUCAUUAAGAAUAUGCCUAUCAAACCCGAUGGGGUUCUGUGGAGAACUUUAAUAUGGGCUUGCAAAGUUCAUAAGGAUAUGAAUCGAGCUGAGCGUUUGAUAGAACAUCUUGAGAGUUUAAAGAUGGAUUCGAAUGAUGAUUGUGGGAAUUUGGUGCUAAUUGGCAAUGUGUAUGCAUCCGCAGGAAAGUGGCUUGACAAGGCAAGAACUAGAGAGUUGAUGAACAAGAGAGGACUUGUUAAGCCACCGGGGGCUAGUAAGAUUGAGAUUGAUGAGGCAAUUCAUGAAUUCAUAGUGGGAGAUUCAGAUCAUCCUGAAGCCGAAAAAAUAUAUGCCAAGUUGGAUGAAAUAGAAGAGAAACUAAGAGAAGAAGAGUAUCAGCCAAAACUUCACGAGGUCUUGCUUGAAGUUGAUGAUGAGGAGAAGGCUUUCCAGUUGAGUCACCACAGCGAGAAGCUUGCUCUUGCAUUUGGACUGAUAAAAACAAGUCCGGGGACUGAAAUUCGGAUUGUGAAAAACUUGCGAUCUUGUGAAGACUGCCAUGCUUUUAUGAAAGUAAUUUCCAAGAAAUACCAACGAGACAUAAUAAUGAGAGAUCGAAUACGCUUCCACCAUUUUAGCAAUGGGAUAUGCUCUUGCAAAGAUUACUGGUGAUAUCCCAUGGUUGGAGAGAUUACUCUCUUGUGUAAAGGCAAAUGUAGAGAACAAAAUUUCAGAAUCUGAAGUGUUUAUUUGUUCAAAGUUGAGGACUUUUGGAGUCUGUUUGUAGCUUUGUACUUUGAUUCAAAGUGACACAUUUAAGCAUGCUGCAGGGCACUAAACGUGUACAGAAUUUCAUUUGAGGCAAGAAGAUUACUUUCAUGGAAGCUAAAAGUUGAAGUAGAUAAAUGGAAGUGGACAUCCUCAUGGGCUCUUCAAUCACUUCAAAUAUUCAUCUUUUACUCUCAGUUAACAUGGUAAGAUAGCUCUCCAUGCAAUAAUCUAGUAACCUUUAGUACAAAACCCCCAUUUUUCAAGUAACAUUUAGUGACUUUGCUCGUAGUCUCCUGGUUUAUCUACACUAUCUGUUGUUUGAUUCAUGUGUUCUGUAAUUUUACUUGAAUACAUAGGUAGAGAUAAAGAUGUUGAAGUAGCAUUUUUUAACACAAUUUUUUUUAUACUUUUUGUGCCAAGCUUUACCUUAUGGCAUUCUGAGAUGAUUAGUACAA